AUGGAAACCAAUGUGCGAUUUGUCCCUUUCACGGAUGAAGAAAAGGCUAAGCUUAAUGAAAAGGUUCGAAAAAUGAAGUUUUCUCGGCCGCCACCAAAACUCCCUUCCGUAAAGACGACGGCAGCGAUAACCCCGACUCCGCAAAAAGUACCGCAACUACGUUUAAGCAUGGACUGCGAGAAAAAUGAUAAAAAUUCAUCUAUAGAUGAUAGUGGAAUAUCAUCAUGUGGUUCGGAGAAUUGUGAAACCCCUGUGAAUUACAACUCGCUCACUAAACUUAUGGAACAGUCCUUCGAAGUUGCUUGCGAUAAAUAUGUUUGCGAUGGCGAUGACUGGGUACAGGAAGAUUCCUCGGAUGAACUAAAGAACGACUUAAAUAUUGAUAUUGGUACUGAUGUAAUGCAAGAAGACUAUAUCAAACCGAGCACCAGCGUGGAUUUGAACUCUUUCCAGUCUGACGAUUUACGACUUGGUGAGAUUGGGAAGAUAGAAGACGAUAUCAAGAGUACCGAACUUAAAAUCGGUACUGAUUCAUCUCUCACUGUCGAUGUCACAUCAUCAAGCCCAGUUGAGAAAAUCGAUGCGACCAGUCCCGUUGUCUUCAGCGAACGCCUGCAAGCAACACUUUCUCGGAAACGCGCCGAACUUGUGGAAUUAUCUCCUCGUCCUGACUUACCUAUUGGGAAGUUCGAGGAGCCACAAUAUGGACGUUCAUUGUUGUCCACUACGUUUCCUACGGCGUCUUUGCAAAAUAUCAUGGAAUCGACUUUGGGAAAUUUGGCAGGCUACAGGAUCCUAGGAAGACCAAUGAUCUGUCAGGCGCGAGGUAAACCACCUCCAGAUCCGUCGAUGAUAGCUGAAAUAGAGACGGAGUUGAAUAAGGAAUGCGUGGAGAUACGGAAACCGACUCCAACAGUGCUGAAACGGAAGCAUGGCAAGAAGAGAAAGAAAGAGCCGGAGGACGGAGAAACAGCUGUAAUGCCAAAAGAUGGUAAACAAACCGAUGCACCGUUGGUCACCGUGUUGCCGGGAAAAGAAAUGAGAGGGAAAGAUGAUGCGCGCGCAGUUGACGAACCUCCUAUAAAGAUCAUUUUCCGGAAGGAUGCAAACAGGAAGAUCUCAGGUGUUCGUGUGGAGAUCCCAGAUGUGGCACCCACAACUGCGGUGGUAAUGAAGAAGCCGGAACCUUCUCAUAGUUCACCACAACACAGACCUGCGCAGAAAUCUUCAGCAAAUCCUGUGUCCUCAGUCUCUGAAAUGAAAGUUGUAAGUCGUCAACAUAACGAAUGUGGUACUGGUCUGAAAAUCCGUAUCAAACUACAGCCACCGAAGCCACUCAGCAGCAGUGAAAAGAGUCCGAUAAAACAAGAGCCAGCUGCAAGCGUGGAGAAUGAAAAGUUACCGACUAAGAAAUGCUCCAAUCCCAUCAACGUGGCGCCCGUGAGAGCUGCGGUUGAUGCAGACGCAGAAAGCGACGACGAUAUUAUAAUUGUUCAUGAAAGUAUAAGGAAACCGUCCGAUCCGGUGAAACCUCCUCUUUGGGCUCGACUAAAUGUGGUUGAAGAAUCGUUUCUGGCCAAGCUAGCAUCCCUACUUAAAAUUGGUGAAGUUGAUAUCUCAAGACCAACCUGGUUUGAGGAAGUUUGUGGAGAAGUAGAGAAGUCCGUGUAUCACCUGGAGUUCAACAUCUCUGCCCUCAAAGGAACCAAGAUGAAACUCAAAAAGCGCCUCGAACAGCUACAACUCACUAGCCAUCAUUUAAAGGUGCUCCUAGCAAAAAAACAGAAUAAAUCCUUGGAUAGUAGCGAUAGCUCGUACAGGCUAAGAAAGGGUGCAAAACAAAAAUGGCAACAUUGCAUCGUUCCUCCUACUCCAUCGGCAGUACACUGUCAGCGAUCGAAUUCACUGGAUUGUGAAUUUGGCAUUGAAGAACGUGCUUCUCAAUGUGCUGCGUUCACCGAUUUUUACCGGAGAAAAGGUCCUGGUACAAUAACAUUGCCACCAAUUGCUCCUGUCCACAUGCUUCCUCCGCGGUUGCAAUCGCAUCAAUCGCUCCGGCGAAGUCAACGCAAACUCGUAAUCAGGAUGCGAUCUCCGCCAGAAGUUGUCCCAAAAGAUCCAGUGCCUUCCUCCUCUCAAGAUGCCUCUUUAUCUCAAAAAGGAAGUGGAGGCAGUGGGACCGUUUUACAAGCUGAGAAGGAAGCUCGAAAGGGGGAAUCCUUGAACUGCACAAUCGCUAAUAAACUGUCAUCUCCAGAAGAUUUGAAGGUAUUCCACAUAGAUGCAUUGAAAUCUUUGGCAACAAUGAAUAGCCGCUCACAGGACAUGACUGAAACGUCGCCAUAUUCGUCUGAUUUUGUAACGUCAAAAUAUUUCUACAAGAAUGGGGUGUCAUUUGAGAGAAGAUAUGAAAGAUUGCAAGGAUCUCAUGUAAUGGGAUUUACUCAUCAUAAGGUUGAUGUCCCGUUUUGA